AUGCGUGUCAAAUUAAAGAUUUAUACAAAGGAAGUGCCUUUACGGAAAGUGUGGCGCAAACCCGCCGCCACCACCGUCAAUGCAACCUCCACCACCGCAUCACCAUCCCACAAAGAAAAUGAAUAUGUUAAACUAAGCCAUCCAAAUUGGACAUUAGGAGAGAAUUCACGUUCAGCCAUGUCGUAUAUGAGAGGAGAUUUACUAUCAAAAACCCGAAAACUAGUCAAAGGGUUAGCCAAAUCCGAACCUGUCUGGCUUAAAGCCAUGGAAAAAGCGCCACCAGCUACAUUUCCUCGUGCCGAGAAUAAGCUUAAGCCCAUAAGCUUGCCAGAGGAUGUUUACAUCAGUAAAUUCUUUCAGAAGCACCCGGAUUCAAAGCAUGAAGAUACUAUCAAGUAA